CGGAGGCAGAUUUGGAACCUGGGACUGGGAAGAGAAGCCUGGAAGCCGCUGCCGCCGCCAGGGAGUGAUGCUCGGGACGGGAUGAGACUUCCAGCAAUCACACCCGGGGUAUCCGAGCACCACGCUCGCCUGCUGAGGGUGCAAUAAAUAAAAGGGAUCUGGGAGAACAGAGGGGCAACCGAUCCCAUACUAUGCUGGACUACAGAGAGAGAGCCAGUAACUGCUGCUGAGAGAGCAUGAGAGUGCAGGCUGAGACGUGAGUGAGAGGAGGUGGUGACAGAGACAUACAUAGGGACAGCACCAGCCACCCCUCUGCAGCCUCUGUGCACAGAUCUCAGCUUAGACUGUCCCUGGAAUACCUGCAUAUUCAUAGUGAGUGGCCCCCUGUGGAUUAUUAGACCUCCCUCUGAGGAAGAAGAGCUUGCACUCAGCUCAGCAGACUACAACCAGGGAAGACCAGAUUCCACACACUUCAUAAAGGACAAAUGAAUGAUCACCAUGCCUCCAGGACCUGUUCUUCUUGCUGCCUUGUGUUUCCUUGGGACAUCAGUCUCAGGCGCACGAGCGUAUAUCACAUUUUCACAGAACAACACCGUAUUCAACCACCUCACGCUGGACACCAACACCGGAACGCUGUAUCUUGGCGCAACAAACUACCUUUAUCAGCUGACAGAGGAUUUAGAGCUUGAGAGGGAGCCAGUUCAGACCGGACCAGUUUUGGACAGCAAGGACUGUUUGCCCCCCGUCACCGCCGAGUGCGCCCAUGUACAGAGCACCAACAAUCACAACAAGCUUCUGCUGGUGGUUCCAAGCCAAGACGAACUCAUCGUCUGCGGUAGCGUUUUCCAAGGCAUCUGUGAGAAAAGACGCUUGGGAUCUGUCAAUGAUAUCCUCUUCAGACCAGAGAGACCAGUGGACUCCCAAUAUGUUGCUGCAAAUGACCCCAACAUCACUACUGUUGGGCUAAUUGGGCUUUCUAAGGAUGGUACUCCCCUGUUGUUUGUGGGAAGAGGCUACACCAGUAAGGGGGUUGGUGGCAUCCCUCCGAUAACCACUCGGAACCUGAAUGUUGGUGGUGAGCCCCAUUCAGUCUUCUCCUAUGAAGAAACAGCCAAGUUAGCUGUAGUUGGGCGACUUUCGGAGUACAACCACCACUUUAUUAAGAUCUUCACUCACCGGUCCAGUGUUUAUUUCCUGUUUUAUCGGCGUGAUCUUAAAUCACCGUCCCGAGAGUACAAGACCUAUAUUUCUCGCAUCUGUCCAGACGACUCACAUUACUAUUCCUAUGUUGAGUUGCCACUCAGCUGCCAAAGUAAAGAUCAUACUAGGAGUUAUAACCUGCUUCAGGCUGCUUAUGUCGCCCAACCUGGAGACACCAUGGCAGCAGGAGUCUUAAACACCAAUGGGGAUGUCCUCUUUGGUGUGUUCUCUCAGUGGCAUGCCGCUUCUGGUAAAGUAAGUGAGGAAUCGGGCUUGUGUUUAUACUCUAUGGAACGUAUUGACCAACUGAUCAAUCAGACCAGAGACAUCUGCUACACCAGGGACGGCAAGGACGAGGACAGGAGAGAAGUGUCCUACAUCGAAUAUGACGUGAAGUCGAACUGUGUCCAGCUUCCCUCUGACACGCUUGAUGCUUAUCCGUGCGGCUCAGACCACACACCGAGCCCCAUGGCAAGCUGGCAUCCGCUGGAGGUAGCCCCUGUGUUCGAGAGCCCCAAUGCUCGGCUUACAGCCAUUGCCGUCAACAUAGAAGAGGAGCACACAAUCGCUUUCAUCGGUGACAGCAAAGGACAACUAAACAAAGUGUAUCUAGGAGGACUUAAUGAUGCUCGUCAAUAUGCUACUGUGCCCACACAAACCAACACAGCCGUUUCUGCAGACCUAUUGUUUGACCAGUCGCAGAGACACCUCUACGUCAUGACUCAGUCCACGAUAACCAAGGUGCCUCUAUCUGACUGCUCCCAACACAGUGACUGCGCAGCGUGUCUUUCUGCGUCUGAUCCCUACUGCGGAUGGUGCGUACUUCACGGGAAAUGUAGCCGACGCUAUGAGUGUCUACGUUCGGGGCAGAGGAAUCAGUGGCUCUGGGCUCACGACAUGAACCAGCGUUGCCUGACGGUGCAGGCGCUAAGCCCAGCAAACAUCAGCAAAGAGGAGAAGAGAAACAUUUUCCUGACGAUCCCCGACCUGCCUUCCCUGUAUCAGGAAGAGUCAUACUCCUGUUUCUUUGAGGAUUUCGAAAGCCGUGCAAUCAGGACAGAGUCUGGAGUUAUGUGUCCGUCUCCUGACCCCAGCAAGGCUCCUGCGAUCAAGCCAGUGGCAGAUCAUGUACGAGUGAGGCUUACGGUACGAUUCGGAGAGGUGGUCAUCUCCACGGCAGAGUUCACAUUUUAUGACUGCACAGCUGUGGCCCAGCUCUACAAAUCUGCCCCAUGUCGUGGAUGUGUGAGUAGCGAGUGGGGCUGUAAUUGGUGCAUCCACCAACAUGGCUGCACCCACAAAGCCACCUGUGAAGAAGGAACAAUUAUUUACAAUAAACUGACGCAGAUCCCAUUGCCGGAACCGUCUCCUCCUCCUGCAUUUGUGCCAGAGCCAGAACCAGCAUCCACUGCGGCUCCUACUACUACACUGUCUAUAACAACCCCCAGUCCUAUUCCCGAGACAACAACCACAACAACCUCUGCAAGUACCACCAUCACUCUCCCCGAGACCUCUCCUACAACAAUCCCCACAACUGUGCCAACCACCUUCAUCGCCACCACCAUGGUGACUACGCCAGAAGCUACUACUGUUCCCGAACCACAGCCAACCACCCUUGAAGUCACUACUGAGAACUCUACUCCAGAAAUAACAACAACCCAGCCUAUGACAGAGGAACCAACCAGUAUUCCAGAAUCCAUUCCGACCACCUUACCUGUAGAUAUAUUUACAAGCCAUGCUACCACUGAAGAACCCAUUCUCUCUGUCACUACUGAGAUUGAUGUAACUGAGGAGAUUUGGACAACUGAAAGCCCCACCACUUCCAGUGACAUCACUAUACCACCACUGCUCCCCGCGCCUACUGUUUUUGAUAAUGAGAGUGACAUGACUUGGGUUCCCACCACACUAGCUCCUCCACCCGAGGAAUUCACAUCUUCUGUUCCUCCAAUUCCAACCACUAACCAAACACUCAAUGUGCCUUCUUUGCCUGACUUUCCCGAUGACCUAGAGACAGAGUUUCCCUACUCUGAAGAGCCACCUACUGUUGACAUGGAAGAAAGAGUCAAAGAAAGCUUGGAUCAUACAACAGCAGAUGACUGGGUGGACUUGGACAAGAUGGAAAAUGACACCUCCUCCUUCUCGGCUUCCACAAUCCUCUCUGGUGAUGGCGACUUUGAUGGUGUAUCACCACAAUUUCCUGCGAUAAAUGAACCAGACUUGGAUUACCAGAUGGAUUCUCCGGGCUUUAUUGAGCUGAACAAGGAAGAACUGUUUUGGGGCCCAGAAGCUUGUCCCUGUGUGUACAGCAUUCAAAGUCCAUCCUUACUGCCAGUCAAUGUGGAGCGAAAAAUAACGUUGGUUGGGAAAAACCUUCACCAUUUCCAGGACCCACAGUGGGAUUAUGAGUGUGUCCUAAUUCUGGAAGGGAAAACAGUGAUCACGGAUGCCUUUGUGGAAAUGGAUACUAUGGAUCAAUCCAAAUAUUAUAUUACUUGUCAACUGCACCAUUACAGUUACUCAGCGCCCCAGCCGGAGUUCAGCGCCAUGGUCUACGUGCAGAGAGAACCAGACAUGCGGGUAGACAGUUAUGAAGAUCUUCACGUGAUUUUAUAUAACUGCUCCGUGGGACACUCGGACUGCAGCCACUGCCAGACGGCCGACCACAAGUAUAACUGUGUGUGGUGUGGAGGAGAGUAUCCCAGCUGUAUGUACCAGGAGUCCUGUACCGAGGAGGUGGAAGGGACCUGCCCUGCACCACUCAUUCACUCUAUUGAGCCUCUUUCCGGUCCUGUGGACGGAGGGACAAGAAUUACUAUAACCGGCUCAAACUUGGGUCAGAAGCUAGAGGACAUCAUGGACCGUGUGUCUGUGGCCAAUAUCCCAUGUAAGGUGGACUUUCUGAAGUACGAGAUUUCCAGCAGUAUAGUCUGUGUCACUGGUAAGAGCUGGACGGAGAGACCCGGACACGUCCUGGUGGAAGUUCCCGGAGGGUUACACGGACUCUCCAGCCAAGUGUUUACUUAUCAGAAUCCGGUGCUGUUUUCAUUCUUUCCAACUCGUGGGCCAAAAUCUGGCGGAACCCAACUGAGUAUUACAGGAGCGAAACUUCUGACAGGACGCGGCAGCGACAUUCGAGUUCUGAUUGGAGACAUUCCCUGUCACAUUAUCUCAGAGAUUCAGGAAAACCAGUUGGAGUGUCUGACGGGUUCCAGUAAUUCCACCGCAGAUCUGCGAGUAACCAUCUGGUAUGGGGAACAAGUGUUUAGCUUCCCUGAUUCAUUCUUCUCUUACACUGCGGACCCUAACAUCACUUCUGCCAACCCAGCCAAGAGCUUCUACAGCGGAGGACGUGAGAUUUUGGUGUACGGACAAAACCUGGAUGUGGUUCAAGCCCCGAAGAUCCGGGUGACAGUGUCUCCAAUGGAAAGGCGGCGGAAGCGCAGUCCGGGGAGAAAGCGCCGUAUUGUCCCUGAGACGGAAUGCCCAGAGGGGUCUCUUUGCCGGGUGGAGCAGUUUGAAGAGCUUUGCCUGCUAAAUUCGUCCUUCUUGCUCCUGUGUAAGACGCCGGCCAUUCAUUCUUUGCACUGGAACGCCCGAGUCGAUGUGGAGUUCAUCCUGGAUAAUCUUCAUUUUAAUUUCACUGUCAUCAACUCCAUCCCAUUUACAUAUGUACCAGACCCGGUGCUCAGACACCUAAAUGCUGAGGAUCCGGCUAAGCCGUAUCGCCACAAGCCCGGCAGUGUCAUCUCCGUGGAGGGAGAGAAUCUGGAUCAAGCUAUUACCAAAGAAGAGAUGGUUGCGAUGAUUGGGGAGGGGCUGUGCACGGUGAAGACCCUGACCAGUAAUCACCUGUACUGUGAGCCCCCGGAGAAGCAGCCAGCCCCUCGCUACCCAUCUAAGAGGGAAGGGGUGGACUCUCUGCCUGAGUUUACGGUGCAGAUAGGGAGAAUUCAUUUGGUCCUGGGUAAAGUGCAGUACGAUGCGGAGAGCCAGCUCACGUUCCCCCUGGAAGCUCAGAUCAGCCUGGGAGUCGGGGCAUCUUUUGUAGCUCUGAUAGUCCUCAUCAUUGUCUUAAUAUACAGGAGGAAAAGCAAGCAGGCCCUGAGGGAUUAUAAGAAAGUUCAGAUUCAGCUAGAAAACCUGGAAACCAGCGUCAGGGAUCGCUGCAAGAAGGAAUUCACUGACCUCAUGACAGAAAUGAUGGACCUUACCAGUGACUUGGUUGGCACAGGCAUCCCAUUCCUGGAUUACAAAUCGUACGCAGAGAGGAUAUUUUUCCCUGGUCACCGGGAGUCUCCUUUGCAUAGGGACCUGGAUGUCCCAGAGGGUCGCAGACAGACGGUGGAACAGGGCUUGGUCCAACUAUCAAACCUUCUCAACAGCAAGCUCUUCCUCACCAAAUUUAUCCAUACGCUAGAGAGCCAACGUACUUUCUCGGCGAGGGACCGAGCUUAUGUUGCGUCUCUCCUUACCGUAUCUCUUCACGGGAAGCUGGAGUAUUUCACGGAUAUCUUGAAGACCCUCCUCAAUGAUCUAGUAGAACAGUAUGUGCUAAAGAACCCCAAGCUGAUGUUGAGGAGGACAGAAACCGUAGUUGAGAAGCUGUUGACCAACUGGAUGUCCAUUUGCCUUUACUCCUUUGUGAGGGACUCCGCUGGAGAGCCGCUCUAUAUGCUGUUUCGAGGUAUUAAACAUCAGGUGGACAAAGGACCGGUGGAUUGUGUGACAGGGAAAGCCAAGUACACGCUCAAUGAUAACCGCCUGCUGAGGGAUGAUGUGGAGUACAAAACUCUGACGCUGAAUGCAGUAACACAAGCCACCACUGGGAACACUGUUGAGGAGGAAGGGCAGGGGGUGCCGGUGAAAUUGCUGGACUGUGACACCAUCACACAAGUGAAAGAGAAGAUCUUGGACCAAGUAUAUAAAGGAACACCGUGCUGCCUGCGCCCUAGCCCAGAGACCCUUGACCUAGAAUGGAGAUCAGGGCUGGCCGGACACCUUAUCCUUUCUGAUGAAGAUCUAACUUCUGUGGUCCAUGGAUCGUGGAAGAGGAUAAAUACAUUGCAGCACUACAAGGUUCCUGAUGCAGCCACUGUCGCUUUAGUCCCCCGACUGAGCAAGCAUAUACACCCGGAGAACCAUGAUUAUAUCCCAGGAGAGAAGACCCCAAUGUUGGAGGAUGCUGACGAGGGUGGGAUAAAACUUUGGCACCUUGUUAAACCAACAGAAGAGCCAGAGCUACCCAAGCACAGGAGAGGGAGCUUACGUGACAGGGAGAGAGCGAAAGCCAUCCCAGAAAUCUACUUGACACGUCUGCUGUCUAUGAAGGGCACACUCCAGAAGUUUGUGGAUGACCUGUUCCAGGUGAUACUUAGCACGAGUCGUCCUGUGCCCCUCGCCGUCAAGUAUUUCUUUGACUUGCUGGAUGACCAAGCUGCACACCAUGGCAUCACUGACCCUGAGACCAUACACAUCUGGAAAACCAACAGUCUGCCUUUAAGGUUCUGGAUCAACAUAAUCAAAAACCCCCAGUUUGUGUUUGAUGUGCAGACGUCGGACAAUGCGGACGCUGUGCUGUCGGUCAUCGCUCAGACCUUCAUGGACUCUUGCACCCUUGCUGAUCACAAGCUGGGGCGGGAUUCUCCCAUAAACAAGUUGCUGUACGCCAGAGACAUCCCGCGCUACAAGCAAAUGGUGGAGAAAUAUUAUGCUGAUAUCCGACAGACUAUAUCGGCCAGCGACCAGGAAAUGAAUUCGGCUUUAGCGGAGCUGUCCAGGAAUUGCUCAGGUGAACUUAAUUCCUUGGUGGCCCUCCAUGAACUCUACAAGUAUAUUAAUAAGUAUUAUGAUCAGAUUAUUACAGCACUGGAAGAGGACUCGACAGCCCAGAAGAUGCAGCUGGGGUAUAGGCUGCAGCAGAUUGCAGCCGCCGUGGAAAACAAAGUCACCGACUUGUGACCAGCAAACAUGGAUGGGCUACCUGCUCCUGAGCAUGACCAGUUCCUCGUCCAAAACUCCCUGAAAGAUUUUUAUAAAAUCGCAGACACUUUAACAUCUGCCUCUGAGAUGGAGCCAGCCUCACGUGGCUUAUUGUCACAUUCCUGAAUGACAAGUCAGCUCGGCUCCAGGGUACGCGCUGGAGGCAGUCAUUGAAUAUUUUUUUUAUAUGGAUUUUUUUGUUACACUAUGAACUUUGAUAAACAAGAUUUUUAUCCCAGAAUGGGGUCCUCUUGUAGUCCUGCCCGCUACAAAAAGAAAAGCAGGAUAUUUUAUCGCUCCAUGUGCCAAGUCCAUCACCUCUUAUAGCGGGGGGGACAAAAGAAUGCAGCCAGACAGAGUCUCUUAUUUCUGUUCUGGACUGAAAGCGCGUUUUAAUCACUAGCCUUCUGAGAACGGACUGGUGAACUUGCUGGUGAAGCAACGUGUUCCGAUCCUGAUGAUUUCAUGAAGUCGCUGACACCAGGAUUACAGUCCUAGCAGCUGUCUCUGCUGCUGUAGAUUGUAUGAGCGAAUGGAACAAUUUAACUCUUUAGAGUCCUUAUCAACAGACAUCUCCUUCAAUAUAGCAUUAGAACAUAUGACUAACUUAAGAUCUAAACAGUUCAAUUUUAGCGGUUCAUUCCUGCUUCUUAUCCAAGUUUCAGUUACAAGUUUUUACUUUUUUGGUUUUUAUACACAGCUGUAAAGCUACUUGUACAAGAGGAGUAUCAUUUUAUUAUUUUAUAGUUGCCAUAUUUUUAUUUGCCUUUGAGAACUGCUCGUCUAUUCCGAAAGGGGGAAGUCUUCCCUUUUUUUUUUUCCGGAGUUGUAACUAGCCGCCCACAUUUCAUCUGCUACACAUUGAGCCGCUUGUAUCAAAUACUGUAAAGGAGCAGAUGUCCUUUAUGAGAGCAUGAAGAAGAUUCUCGUCGCAUUUGGUUGGACUGUAGAUGGUACACCCCUGCACUAAAGAAUUAUAGAUGCAUAUUUAUUAGUUUGAUUGAGAACUUUUAACUUAGAACUGGUCUCAGAAUAUUCCUUUUCUCUUAGAGAGACACAAAACUGCUCCGUAGGGUUCCGCGUCUUGUGGCGAUUUGCUGCUUUGAAAAUGGAUGUGUAAAUACAGUAGUUAUGAAAGAAGAUAUUUAAAUACUAAAGGAGGAUUGUAAUUUAUUUUUUAAGACAGCACAUCAUCCUGGGAUACUCACACAUCUCUGUUUCAUUCUUUCUGUUUUUAUUUUUAUUACUAGUCUUUGUUAUGGUUUCAUGCAUUCCUGCCUACAAUUCCCAGCUUUCACUUGUGCUGCCUUUCUUAAAUAAUUAGAACUUGUGGUUAACAUAAUAUAAAUACAGAAAUAAAACUUGAAAUUGAAUCAUAUGAGAUCCUAAUAAUGUGUUAGAUGAUGUUCAGAAAGCUACAAAUCUGUGAAGUGAUCAAUUGUUUGCAUCAAGCGAAUGUAAAACACAACACACUCAAAAAAAAAAAAUACGUCUAACAAGAAAAGAAAAAAACAUAGUUCUUACACAAAAUACUCAAUAAACUUUAAUAUGUUCUAAAA